AUGAUUGAUUGGCACCUGAAGAAAUCGAACGCGGGAGAAUUGAUCGAAGCGAUCGUUCUGCGUUCGAAGGGCGACACGAGAACGAUCGAGUGCGACGCGUUGCUCAACUUUAGCGAGAAAACGAUCAACAUGGAGAUAUUUUUGGCGAUCUGCAGGUCUGGGUUGGUGUUCGAUGGCCAGCUGGUCAUAGAUCCGGAGUUCAGGACGAACGAUCCGUUCGUCUUCGCUGCUGGCACCGUAACAAAAUAUUGUAGGAGGUUCUACGCGGAGUCCUGGGAGCACAAGUACUACAACAGCGUGGAAAUUGGCGAAAGACUCGCGAAUAUCCUGAGGUCGACCAUCGACUCCCACCAGCGAGGCGUUCAAGUCCCCUUCGCCCGGGUCAAGAGCAAAACUUACUUGACGUUGCCUUCCUUUCGCUCCGCGAACGUCGUGUCCUGCACCUUGCCAGGAGGAUAUCGGUACCUUCACGUUCGCAAGCCUGGAAAAACCGUUCUACGCAAGCUGGCGAUUCGAUACGAUUUUUACGGCUCGGUGUUGGUGACGGGCUCCUGCGCGUCCGAAAUCGGCUACUUUCGCAUCAGGUUGAACCGCUUCGACUCUGUCGAGACCAUCACCUGUUGCAACAGAAAGGACUUCGAGGUGCGCCACGUAAUCUCGUUGUACGGAAAACACGAGAGCUUACUGAACGAGUUGAAGACGCGUUACCAAAAAUCGCUGAUCGCGGAUUUCUACGCGUACUUCCGGGAGCCGUGGGCACUGGCGAUUUUCUACGACAGAUUCGAGUGCCUUCUCGUGGAGAACCGAGCCACUUUGCUGUCGAAAACGGCGGUUCCUGGCUCGUCUUUGAUCGACGACUGCGUGCGCGCUCUGAUAAAAUCGAAAUGGGAGCCGGUGAGUGGCGCGAUGCGAUUUUUCUUCUCCGUUUCCUUGAUCGCGACGAAUCUUUAGAUGCUGGAAAACGAUCGAAGGUGCAUAGAGGAACGAUACGUCGGCUCGGUGUACCAGCAGGAGCUGGAGCAGAGUCUGCUGGACUUCCUGCAGUUCUCCGAGGAGGACGUGCCCGUGUACUGC